AUGGACAACAACUCCAAAGUCGCCCAGCACACCACCCCCGAAAGCUGCUGGGUCGUCCUCCACGGCGCCGUUUACGAUGUGACCGACUUCCUGCCCGAGCACCCAGGCGGCUCGCGCAUUAUCCUCCAGCUGGCUGGCCGUGAUGCCACGGCCGAGUUCGACCCGAUCCACCCGCCCGGAACCCUCGAGGAGAACCUCAAGCCCGAGGCCAAGCUCGGCGUCGUCGACGCGGACGACUUGAAGAAGAUGCAACGCAAAUUCUCGCCGGGGAAGGAUGAUAAGGAACGCCCCCCACCACCGGCGCUCGAUACGCUGCUCAAUCUGGACGACAUCGAGGCGGCUGCGACGAGCCAGGUCUCUAAAAAGUGCUGGGCCUACUACUAUUCAGCGUCGGACGAUCUGUUCAGCAAGUCCCUCAACAACCACGCUUACCGCUCCAUCCUCCUCCGCCCGCGCGUCUUCGUCGACGUCACCCGUGCCGACACCUCCACGACCCUGCUCGGCCACCGCCUAUCCACGCCACUCUACGUCUCCCCCGCUGCCAUGGCCCGCCUGGCGCACCCAGACGGCGAAGCCGGCAUCGCGCGCGGCAUCUCCCGUUUCGGCGCCAUGCAACUGGUUUCGCAUAACGCGUCCAUGACGCCCGAACAGAUCGUGGCUGAUGCAGCCCCCGGGCAGAUUUUUGGCUGGCAGCUGUAUGUGCAGACGAACCGGGCCAAGAGCGAGACGAUGCUGGCACGGAUUGCGCGCAUGCCGGAACACUACAAGUGUAUCGUGCUGACGCUGGACGCGCCGGUGCCAAGUAAGCGGGAAGAUGAUGAGCGCGCCGGUUUUGAGACGAGGCUGGUGGUUGAGUCGGCGAAGCCUACCGGCGACGCACAACCAGCGGCAGCGAAAAAGCCGGACACCAACAGCGGCGUGGGCAAGCAACUCUUCUUCGGUACGGCUGCUGAUCUAACCUGGGAAACGACUCUUCCCUGGCUGGCGAAGCAUACCACGCUACCCAUUGUGUUGAAGGGCAUCCAGACACAUGAGGACGCUUACCUGGCUGCGCGCUACGCCAGACAGCACCCGGGCACCAUCCGUGCCGUCAUCCUAUCGAACCAUGGCGGGCGGUCUCUCGACACGUCGCCGCCCGCUGUGCACACGCUUCUAGAGAUCCGGAAGUACUGCCCGGAGGUCUUUGAUACCAUCGAGGUGUGGGUUGAUGGUGGCGUGAAGCGUGGGACGGACAUCGUCAAGGCGCUGUGCCUUGGCGCAAAGGCGGUUGGCGUGGGGCGUGCUGCGCUUUGGGGCUUGGGUGCUGGUGGGUGGAAGGGGGUGGAGAGGACGUUCGAAAUCCUGCAAGGUGAGAUCGAGACGUGUAUGAAGAUGAUGGGGGCCAAAGACCUAUCCGAACUCGGCCCACGCUUUAUCAACACGAGCAUCGUCGAGCGAGACAUCUUCAAUGGUGGCGCUGGCCUGGACCGCUCCGGCCUCUGGACCUCGUCCCGCGCCAAGCUCUAA